UUUGAAGGUGCUUAUGGACUUAAGCCUCAAAAUGUUCUUGACUUAGUUCCACUUCCAGAAGAGAUGAAGAUGAGUGAUGAUGGAGAGGGUUUGGCGGACCAAGUGAAAAGAGUGCACGAAGAAGUGAGGGCAGUUAUAAAGGCUAGUUCUGCAGACAAUCAACACCGAAGAGUCAAAGAUUUUGAAGAAGGUGACAUGGUUUGGGUGCAUUUGAAGAAGGAAAGAUUUCCAAAAGACACAUACCAUAAAUUGAAGUCCAAGAUGUUUGGGCCAUAUAAGGUGUUGAAGAAAAUGAGCUCAAUCGCUUACAUGAUAGAGCUGCCACCGGAUCUCCAGAUUAGCCCAUAUUUCAAUGUGUUUGAUUUGUAUUUGUUUGAGGGAUUUGAUGAAGAAACAAUUUCAAAGGAGGCACAACCAUAUAUUGUUGAGGAUGUGUUGGAUGUCAAAGAGGUGACGUCAAAGAAGGGUAACCAAUAUAGGCGGUUCUUAGUGAAAUGGUUGGGUAAGAAUGCUACUGAGAAUACUUGGAUUGCUGAAUAUGAUUUAAAGAGGAUUGUUGCAGAGAGAUAUGCUGAAGUUGUUAAAGCUUUCUCGCCAGAGUCGACUUCUUCCCAAGCUGGUGGAGGAGUUGAUGCAUGAUCAUCUGUUCGUUAGCCAAGUCAUUUCAACACACGCAGAAAACCCACAACCACAAAAGCUUUGGAAAAUAAAAAUGCCUAGUGAAUUUUAAAGCAAUCUCAAACAACAUGGCAGAGCUUGAUGAGAUAUAAAAUAGAGAAGAUCCAAACAACAUGAGACCCAUGGAUAUGGUAAAAGUAUUUUCUUUUAUUUGGCCAAGCCUUCAAGGAA